UCUGAUAUAGGAUGUAUCUGACAAAGGAUCUGAUAAGAGUCAACAUUAAAAAUGAAGUCAGGAACAAGUCUUUGUUUCGGCAUUAUAAUUUCGAUUUUCUGUUUCGGAGUUCGCAUUGAUGCCUCCACUAAAACUGUUCAAGAUACAAAUGAUUUCAAUAACGAAAAGUUCGAGUUACUUUUAAAACGACUUGAUUAUGUGGAACGCCGGAAUGACGAAAUGGAAAGGAGAAUGGAAAUAAUGGCUGCAGACUUCCGUGAAAAAGAAAAGGCUCUGAACGAUCGCAUUACGGAACUAGAAAAACUCAAUAACCCCAGAAACAGUGAUAAUGACAAUCACGUGACUAACGAACGCUUUGUCAACGCGCUUGAUGAUAGUGACAAUGUAACAGAUGAGACAAACGGUAGAGAUUCAGUGCAGAAACAAACACGUACAAUCAGAUCAGGUUCAAGACGUGCGCGUUCUGUUGAAUCAGAUGUAGCGUUCUUCGCCGCGAUCACGCCACAUGACGUUGAGCAUUUAGGCAUUAACCAAAAUAUUGUGUUUGAUCACGCUUUUACCAACACAGGCAACGCCUAUCAUAACAUUCAUGGCAUUUUUACGGCACCUGUCGCAGGAACGUAUGUAUUCUGCGCCACGGUUGCUGGGGGAAUUGUCAGAAACGACCAUGACCAGACUUAUUACGCUUAUUUUGAUGUAAACGGACAAACUCUUGCUAACUUCAUCACGUAUCCCUAUAAACAAACCACACAAAUGAUAAUAGUUAAACUCCAGGUCGGUGAUGAUGUCUCUGUAAGAAACAACAGAGUAGAGUAUGGUAUCCUAGGGGUUUUGUAUACGUCAUUUUCCGGGUUUUUACUGUAUCAGGAUGUUGGGUCAUCCGUAAAUAUAGUCGGAAAAUAAAAAACAAAACAACACUUGUUACCUUUAUAGUUCCUUGGUAAUUAUCUCAAUUUGUCAAUUCAAGGAAAAAGCUCUAUAAAAAGGGGGAAAACUUUGACCCCUAACAUUAAAUGUUUGCAAAAUGAUGUAUAUUUGUGUUCAAAAUUGCUACUGACUUCAAUCUGCAAGCAUUCAGAUGAAAGCUUGUUUACACAAGAGCGCUGAACAACAAUGAAAUUAAUACUAGUAAGUACUUCUAAAAAUAAACAAGAGAGCUUUGACAAACCUGGAUGGAUCGCACAUCUAGGAUAUCUAUCGCGUUUAAAGGUUAUUAAUUAAGCACGUGUAUGCAAGCGCUGUGCUAACGACCAUUCGUUUGCGUUCCGGGAAUCGAGAAGACGUUAUCUAAUAUUUAUUUCUGCUGUUUAUUCUGCUACCCAGAACAAUGUCAUACAUAGUAACAUUUUUGUGGAUCGAUUCACGAACAUCCGCCAAAUAGGUAUGGUUGCAGUUUGAACUACUAACAGUUCAACUAACAGACAUUGGCUUUUCUUGGAAAGGACAACAAAUAAUACUUCCUAUAAAGUUUUGCGAAAACGUGCUGUUCUGAAAACAUCAUUUAAACUUGUUUCUUUUAAGCUCUUCAACGGCUCGGAAUGAUGCCUCUAUUUUUGUACAGUUUCACAUAUGAUUACUUCUACUGAGUUUCGACAAAAUCUAAUGUCAUAGAAUAUUCUGUUUUUAUCACUUGAAACUAUCUUAAUUAACGGACCGAACGUUCUUUACUAUUUUUCUUUGCUAUAUAAUUAUAUAUAUAUAUUGGUAAUUUCUGUUUUGUCACAAUUGGACUAGUUGUUGAAGGUAGUCUUCAUUAAAGCAAAAGUAAACGAUGGGCAAAGGCUUAUGGCUGUCAUAAAAACAAACCACAAAAAAUAAGCUGCAAAGGGCGCUAAUAAGAAUGUGGAAAUUAAUCACUUAGUUUUCUGAAAUUAAAUAGCAUACAAUCUACACAAGACUAAUUUCUUUAACACUUACAAACCCUAUCAGAUCAUUUAAGAGUUGAUGAAAUGGUCAUCGUAAGUUACGGACACAGGUAACUUCAUUAACUUGCACAUAAAAAAGGUCAAUGUUUAUAGACUUUCUUCUUUUUUAAUCCAAAAACAAGGAGUGAAGAAUUUUCUAUACAUUAGCAUUCACAUUAUGAUGAAAAUG